UACGCUUUAGUCGAUUUUAAACAAAGCAUUAGAAAAUCGCAUACAUAAGCCGCACUUGAAACCAGAGACAAUAUUGAAGGACUGUCAGUUUGUCAGAUUGUUGUCAAACAUAACCUGCAAAGCGUUUGUUGUUUUGCCGGUUUUAACCAGUUUUUUACGUGAAAACCUUUCAAAAUUGAGGAAAUGAAGGAAACUACUGGCGAUGUCGACACCAGGAAUGUCGUUAAAAACCGGGAGCUGCUUUACCGCAUGAUUAUAAGUCAACUGUAUUAUGAUGGCUUUCAACCCAUUGCUGCAACGUUGGCAGCGGCUGUCCACGCCGAUCCGCCUUGCCCGCCUAGCGACAGGCUUCUGAACCUAAUGAUGGUGGGUCUACAACAUGAGCCUGAUCGUAAGGACCGUCUAGCUGCCUCUAGCGGAGCUGAGCAUUUGCUCGGAACUACGGGGUUUGAUCUCGAGUACGAGAUGGACGCGUCAUCACUAGCGCCAGAGCCGGCGACGUACGAGACGGCGUACGUGACGUCGCACAAGAUGGCGUGUCGCGCCGGCGCCUUCAGCGCGUGCGGGCAGCUCGUCGCCACCGGCUCCGUCGAUGCCUCUAUUAAGAUCCUAGACGUGGAGCGUAUGUUGGCUAAAUCAGCGCCUGAGGAAGUGGAUCCGGGCAGAGAGCAGCAAGGACAUCCCGUUAUCAGGACUUUAUACGACCACACAGAUGAGAUAACAGCUUUAGACUUCCACCCGCGGGAACAGAUCCUGGUGUCAGCUUCAAGAGACUGCUGCAUCAAACUCUUCGACAUCACCAAGGCGUCCGCUAAGAAGGCUUAUAAGAGUAUUACUGACGCCGAACAAGUCUUAUGCGUAGCCUUCCACCCUCUGGGCGACCACAUUAUAGCAUCCAGCACUCAGCCGGUCAUCCGUCUGUACGACGUGACGACCAGCGCGUGCUUCGUGUGCCCCAUACCCUCGCACCAUCAUACCAAACAAGUCAAUUCUAUACAAUUCUCACCAAACGGCAAGUACUUCGCGAGCGGUAGCGCGGACGGCUGCGUCAAACUAUGGGACACGGUAUCGAACAGGUGUUUCAACACCUUUAUCAACGCACACGACGGUUCAGAAGUGUGUUCUGUGGCCUUUACUAGGAAUAGCAAGUACCUACUAACAUCUGGACUGGAUUCAUCUAUCAAGCUGUGGGAAUUGGCCAGCAGUCGUUGUCUCAUACAAUAUACUGGCGCUGGCACUACAGGCAAACAAGAGCACCACGCCCAAGCAGUUUUCAACCACACUGAAGACUAUGUAAUGUUCCCUGAUGAAGCUACCACUUCUCUCUGCACCUGGCAUUCUAGAAGUGCCAGUAGGUGCCAACUUAUGUCUCUGGGACAUAACGGAGCUGUCAGAUUCAUAGUACACUCUGGAACGGCGCCGGCGUUCCUAACGUGCAGUGACGACUACCGCGCGCGGUUUUGGUACAGACGCAACACGCAUUAAUUGCUCACAGCGGUGAUUUGUUGCUCGGACCGGUGAUUAACGUUUAACAGCGGUUAUUAGGCGUUAAGGUGGAAAUUUUUGUCAGAAGUUUUUUAAAGAUAGGUUAGACAUAAGACUUUGGAUAUAAAAUGUAGGCUUAAGGUUUAUAAAACUAUUUGUAUGUUUCUGCACUAAAGAUUAUUCCUGAAUGAAAAAAUUCAAAAAUUGUUUUGGUAUGUAAUAAAAUUUUCUUUUUGGAUGUCGCAAAAAUAAGUGCUCAUUUGUAUAGAGAACACGACAAGAUAAAAAUAUGUAAAUUUCUGUCAAAAUUCCGAAACAAUGCUAAAAUAUGUUGAGGUAUUUCAAACUGAAGUGUGUAAAAUGACUGUCUGAAUCGCAUUUUUCCAUUUCCGUGUUUAAAUAAUAAACGUAUUCAAUA